AUGUACAGCGGCUUCAAUCUGCAAAUGGUCCUCUUCCAAGCCAUCGUCGAAGACCGUGACAAAGGCCCCCAAGGCGCUUCGAUCACCGUCACUCGCCUUGGGCCAGAGAAUCCAAACCCAGAGCAGCACACCUUCACUGGAUACUCCGAACAUCAAAUCCGUUUCCCCCUCCGACCAGACGUCAGCACCCUCGAAAAACGAUACCUCGACAUGCACGGCAGCGCCUGCGAAGUCUACGACAUGGGGCCCAUCAUCUCCGCCUGGUUCACCAAAUACCUAAACUUCGAAACCAAACUGAUGUACAUCGGCAACAACGCCCGCGUAGUCCUAGGCUCCGGCGCUCCCAACGGAGACAUGGCAAUCGCAAAACGUUCGCCAACCCUCGCACCCCUCCGCAAACUCCUCCCGAAACUGCUCAAAACGCCCACGGAAACCAUCACGUUCCAAGACAUCGGACAGUAUCUCGUCGUGACCAAAGAAUCCAACGACGAAGUCUCCUCCCGCCUCGCGGAUGGACAGAAGAUGAACAUUCACAAAUUCCGCCCCAACAGCAUCGUCUCCGGCUCGCCGACGCCCUACGACGAGGACUUCUGGGCGCAGCUCGUCUUCCCCAGUAAUCUGAAGAUGGACUUCGGCGGGACAUGCUGGCGAUGUCAGGCGAUCACGGUGGAUCUAAAGACGGGCAAGAGAGCCGAAGGGGAGGAGGGGGAGGUGUGGAAGAGGCUGAAUAAGGACCGAAGGGUGGAUACGGGGUGGAAGUAUGGGCCGGUUUUUGGGAAGUAUAGUUAUACUGGGUUGGGGGAUGUGGGGAGGACGAUUGGGGUGGGGGAUGAGGCGGUGUUGACGAAGAGGGUUAGGGAGCAGCCUGUUUUUGACUGGCCUCUUCCGAAGGCGGUUGUUGCUGCGUUCUCUGGUUGA